ACUGACAUUUACCUCAGGAAGAUGGCGGCGCUCAUAGGGCUGUACGGGAGGGUGGGAAUGGGCUCUGCCAGAGGGGCAGCGCUCUGGGGAUUGGCGGCUCCGGCCCGAAACGGGACUGGCAGUUACCUGUGUGCAGUUUGCUGUAGGAAUUCUAGGAAUAUUCGGCUGCUCAGUACACUUCCACCUCCUCCACCUGGGAAAAAGACAGGACCAUCCAAACCAGGGCCUGUCUCCUGGAAAUCUCUGGCACUUACUGUUGCCUUGGGGGGAGCUUUAAUGGCUGGAAUGAAAUAUCUCAAAAAGGAGAAAGAGGACAAGCUAGAGCAAGAAAGGAAACGUUCCCUGGGGAAGCCAUUGCUGGGUGGACCAUUCUCUUUAAUUGAUCACAACGGGCAACCCAAAACAGACAAAGAUUAUCUCGGCCAAUGGGUCCUGCUUUACUUCGGAUUCACACACUGUCCGGACAUUUGUCCUGAAGAAAUUGAAAAAAUGAUUCUGGUGGUAGAUGAGAUUGAUAAAAUACCAACACUCCCAAAUUUAACUCCACUUUUCAUCACUAUUGACCCUGAACGUGAUAGCAAAGAUGCAGUCGCCAACUAUGUUAAAGAAUUUUCUCCCAAACUGAUUGGAUUAACUGGUUCCUCUGAACAAAUUGAGAAAGUGGCCAAAGCUUAUAGGGUCUAUUUCAGCUCAGGACCAAAAGAUGAAGAUAAUGACUAUAUAGUAGACCACACUAUUAUCAUGUAUCUGCUUGCACCAGAUGGAUCCUUUGUGGAUUAUUAUGGGCAAAACAAAAGGAAUGCAGAGAUUUCAUCUUCUAUCGCAUCGCACAUGCGUAACUUUAAGCAAAGGACAUAACGGAAGGAGGCAAGACCAGCUUUGUACAUUGUGUCGUUAUACUGCCUUACGACUUUUACUUGAUUCUGCCUGUUUUUCUAUGUUGAAUGCUGCAAGAGAUAUUGGCUCUGUAAUAUAUAAACAUGACUAAAAAAAACCUUUUUUGGAUUUUUACAGAAA